AUGACCUCUCUGAGGAUUCCUGAGUUCAAAACCUCCUGGUUUGUGGCUCUUGCCAUGAUGAUAGGGAUGAGAAGCAACAUGGCUCUUCAUGCAGGCCGUCCAGAGCAUUUCCUGCUGCAGCGAAAACAGGAGCGUCACUACAUGAAUGGCACUCAGCAGGUGGAGUACCUGGCCAGGUUCAUCUGGGAGAUCUGUUCUUAUGACAGAGAGGUGGGUUUCUACGUGGCCUGCACAGGGCUGGGAUGGGCAAUUGCUGAGUAUUGGAACAGGCUGCAGAGGAUGGGCCAGCACUCUCCUUGUUCUGCAACAAGGUUUUAUCCUUCUGAAAUGAAGAGCAAGCGGUUCAAAAAUAGGAAGGAGGAGAUGGACAAAGUUGUGUACAAGAACCUCCUCCUAAAUGGAGAUUAGUCCUUCCAGAUCCUGGUCACUUUGGAAGUCAUGCCUAAGCAAGGGGAUAUCUGUGCUUCCCAGAGGGAGCAUGUCAAAACGUGCUCUGGAUGUGCUGUGAGCAAGGAGGUGACUGGAACCCUGCGCUUUGUGCUGGGCUUAGGCUUCAUCGUGGUGGGACUCGUCAUCUAUCAGAAGAAAAAGAAAG